AUGAGCUUCUUUCGUAGUGUUACGGCGCUCUCGAAGCUCCGAUCUCGCCUCGCUCAGCAGUCAUCUACUCUGGGCUCGGUUCGUUGGAUUCAAAUCCAGAGCGCGUCGGAUCUUGACCUUCGGUCGCAAUUGCAGGAGUUGAUUCCAGAGCAACAGGAGCGGUUGAAGAAGCUAAAAUCAGAACAUGGAAAAGUUCAACUUGGCAACAUCACUGUGGAUAUGGUUAUAGGUGGAAUGAGAGGAAUGACUGGAUUAUUGUGGGAAACAUCAUUACUUGAUCCUGAUGAGGGUAUUCGUUUUAGGGGGCUUUCUAUCCCUGAAUGCCAGAAAGUAUUACCUGCUGCAAGCGGUGGGGAGGAGCCAUUACCCGAGGGUCUUCUGUGGCUUCUUUUGACUGGAAAGGUACCGAACAAAGAGCAAGCUAGUGCACUAUCCAAGGAGUUGCAGAGUCGUUCUACUGUUCCAGAUUGUGUUUAUAAAGCAAUAGAUGCUCUUCCUCUUAAUGCUCAUCCAAUGACACAAUUCACCACAGGAGUCAUGGCACUUCAGGUUCAAAGUGAGUUCCAAAAGGCAUAUGAGAGUGGUAUCUCCAAAGCAAAGUAUUGGGAGCCUACAUAUGAGGACUCCCUGAACUUGAUCGCUCGACUUCCAGUUGUAGCAUCUUAUGUUUAUCGGAGGAUAUAUAAGAAUGGGCAAGUUGUACCUGCCGACAAUUCUUUAGAUUAUGGUGCAAAUUUUUCUCACAUGCUUGGGUUCGACGACCCCAAAAUGCUGGAGUUGAUGAGGCUAUAUGUUACUAUUCACAGUGAUCAUGAAGGGGGAAAUGUCAGUGCACAUACCGCUCAUCUGGUUGCUAGUGCCCUUUCAGAUCCAUACCUUUCAUUUGCAGCUGCUCUGAAUGGUUUAGCUGGUCCGCUUCAUGGUCUGGCUAAUCAGGAAGUGCUACUGUGGAUCAAAUCAGUUGUAAAAGAGUGUGGAGAAAAUAUUUCAACUGAACAAUUGAAAGACUACGUGUGGAAAACAUUAAAUAGAGGCAAGGUUGUUCCUGGGUUUGGGCAUGGAGUCCUACGUAAAACAGAUCCAAGAUACAUGUGCCAAAGGGAAUUUGCAAAGAAACACUUACCUGAUGACUCACUCUUCCAGCUGGUGUCGAAAUUAUAUGAAGUUGUUCCUCCAAUCCUUACGGAGCUGGGGAAGGUUAAGAAUCCAUGGCCUAAUGUUGACGCCCACAGUGGUGUUUUACUGAAUCAUUUCGGUCUGACUGAAGCUAGGUAUUACACAGUACUUUUUGGCGUCUCCAGGAGCAUAGGGAUUUGCUCUCAGCUCGUUUGGGACCGUGCUCUCGGUUUACCACUGGAGAGGCCAAAGAGUGUGACGAUGGAAUGGCUUGAGAAAUACUGCAAGAAAUCUGCGUAAAUCCUCAUUGGAGCGUGGUGAUCGUCACAUACCGUUUUUGUUACACAAUAAUUGAACUAGGUUCUCGGUUGAGAGAGAGUCAAUGUACAGUAUUUUUUUUUUUUUUCAGUAGGAGCUCGUUUUCCUCCUCCGGUAUCUGGAGCAUGAGAUAAUUUUCGAGUUCGGUAUAUUGUUGCUAAACCCUUAUGUUUUUCUGGUGUUGCACGUUGUCAAUAAAAGCAAUACGGUCCUUGACUUUUAUGGUAUUUAUACUGUAAUUCAUGACCAAUGCUCGUUUAUUACGCGUCGAGUCUGCCAUGACUCAGCAUUUUAAACAUCUUAUGAUCAGCAGGUGUAAAAUUAUUGACGUUUAUAAAAAUGCUAAGCACGUGAUUAUCUAAUGAUCUUGGAGCUUGAUUAAA